UCUACACAACAUCCAGUUUGCAUGUGUAGCUACAGUAGCAGGAGUCCUCAUAUGCAUGUGUACCAUCCACAGUCCACAUUCCUUUAAACCGAGACAGCCGGAGGGGCGUGCACGUUCAGAGUCGGUCUUUUCACACCAGCAGGGACACUGUUCACCCACCGACAGAGAGAUUCAUCAUGGGCUCUGCACUGAAUUGCACACCCUUUAUGUUGGGUUUUAUUUAUUUUUCAUUACUGUUUGCUUGUGCGUUUUGCGAUGCUGAUGCAGAAGAAGAUGAGCACGCCAAGCACACGUACACGGUGGAAAUGUUCAACGAGGCGGUCCCCACUGCACCCCACUUUGUCAUGUUUUACGCCCCAUGGUGCGGCCAUUGCCAGAGGCUACAGCCGGUAUGGAAUGAGCUGGCUGACAAAUACAACAGCAUGGACAACCCCCCGGCGUAUGUAGUUAAAGUAGACUGCGUCCCGGACACAAGGUUCUGCUCCAAUGACCACGGGGUUAGGGGCUACCCCACGAUAAAGUUGUAUAGGCCAGAUCAGGAGGCAAUUAAGUACCAGGGACCCAGAGAUCUACAGUCUCUGGAGACCUGGAUGCUGAAGACACUCCAGGAGGAGCCUUCGGAACCAGAGAGUGAACAGGAGCCUCCUAAAGCCCCAGAGCCCAAACAGGGCAUGUAUGAGCUCACUGCUCUCAACUUUAAGGACCACAUAGCCAAAGGCGCCCAUUUUGUUAAGUUCUUUGCCCCAUGGUGCGGCCACUGCAAAGCCAUGGCCCCGACCUGGGAGCAGCUGGCCACCACAUUUGAGCACUCUGAUGACGUCAAGAUAGGAAAGGUGGACUGUACACAGCACUACGAGGUGUGCUCUGAGAACGGUGUACGGGGAUAUCCCACACUGUUGUUCUUCUACAACGGACAGAAGACAGAACAGUACAAAGGAAAACGAGACCUGGACUCUUUCAAAGACUUUGUGGACAACCAGCUAAAGGCAGUCGUCGGUCAGGAGCAAGAACAGGAACCACAUGAGGAACAAAAGGGAACUGAGAUCCCUGCUGCUGAGCCAGCCGAAGAGGAAGUAAAGUCCAGCGUGUUGACCCUGACAGAGGACAACUUUGACGAGACCGUGGCCAAGGGCCUCACCUUCAUCAAAUUCUACGCUCCAUGGUGUGGCCACUGCAAGAACCUCGCUCCAACAUGGGAGGAUCUUUCCAAGAAGGAGUUUUCUGGCCUCACUGACGUCAAGAUAGCCAAAGUGGACUGCACUAUUGAACGCACACUCUGCAACAAGUACUCUGUUCGAGGUUACCCCACUUUGAUCAUGUUCAGGGCGGGGGAGCAGGGUGACGAGCAUCAUGGCGGGCGGGACCUGGACAGCUUGCACAGCUUCGUGAUGAGGCAGGCGAGGGACGAGCUGUAGAAACAGUCACGUCAGUGCUCAGUUUUCCACCACUCUGCUCGCCCACACUGCAUAACUGGCCAGUAGGACACCGCUCUCUCUCUCUCUCUCUCCUACAGUAGCCAAACCUCUCUCUAUCUCUUAUCUCUCUCCACUCGGGUUCUCUUCAGAAAGGAGUCAGCCAACGACAGACUGAUGCAGUCUGUUCUUUCUCCGGUGUUCACGGACACAAUGUUUCAGUAGACUGUUUGGGAUGUGAAUGUAUUUCUCAUUGCUGUUGCCCAACCUUCACUCUCCUAAUAUGGAGACUACUAUCGUAUUGGUUGGAUCUACAAAUGAAAUGAUGUCUGACAACUUCUUUGCAAGCACUGCUCAAUCAAUCAAAACCAGGAUUCCUGGCACAAUUUAAAAACAGUUGUUUAUUAAAAGGGUCGCACUAAA